UGAGUAUACCUCCUAUACGCUCCGUAGCUACUUGCAAUUGAAAUCCUCGCGUGGCCACAGUGCAGUGCCUCCUCUACCACCACCGUCGGGUGCCGCCCUAACUGGUUGACUGCCGCUCCCUCAACUCACCUCUCUUCAACCACCGACCACCAACCACCGCAACCUCUCUCCAGGUCCUUCGGAAGCGCCAUCGACCGACCUUCACCCUCCUCUCCCACCACAUCGAUUCUUCUCAUCUGCCAGCUCGCCCUGCCCGCCGAGGUUGAUGGCAAGCGUGCGUGUCCAGAUCAGUUUUUGAAUCUUCUUUCUUUCUCUUCCAGCGCUAUUUUGAUAAUCUGUCGUUGAGCUUGCGCACCAUCGCUUGGCCGCCCAUACUGCCUUUGAAUUUCCUUCCACCUCCGACGUUGGACUUCACCUUUCCCCGUCCAUAUCAACCUCCUCGAUCCCCCGCUGCGUGCUCGCAGAACGACCAUUCUUGCGAUUCUACUCCAACUCGGCAUUCGACAACGGUGGCAUCUAAUAACUUCCCUCUCGAGGUAAGAAGAGCCGCCCCCUUGGUUUGUGUCAACCAUGGCCUCUCGCCAGACAAAUGUUGAGGGGAGGGCGUUGGGCAAGAGACUUGGAGCUACCAACAACGAACCCCCAACCCCAAUCCCUCUGCACUGGCAAACCUUUCCUCGCGAGGCGCACAUGCUAAUUGGGUUUCACAAAAAUAGUAGACGGGGUUCUUUACAUCGAAGAGUUAGCUGGCCUUGUGGCUAGGGGUUAUUAUCCGAAACAUCUACACCAUUGCCCAAUUCGGGGCAACAUUUUACCUGGGACUAAUCAAGAGACGAUCCAGAGGAUUCGCGCAAGCGUAUCAUACACAGAGGUAAGCGCUUCUCUCUCUCUUAUCUUGAGUUCGCAUCCAUCAUAUGCUCCCAUUACAAAAUCCCACUGGGAACCAUGGUGGUGUCACAAAGCUGGAGACCAGCGUGAAUCACAAAUUCAUCAUGAUACAUCUUAAUCUGCGACAACGCUGAUAGGUCAUCUUAGCUCUCCCAGCUCUACCCGUUCGCCUCGUCCUUCCAAUCUUGUGAAUCAGCUCUCGUGAAUCAAUAACAUUGAGGGGCCUCUUUGUUAAGAAUAUGGUGCAAGGGAAGAAGCCCAACGACAUGUCGAACGGUGCCACCAAAUAUCAAAACAAUAUGUCCUUCCAAAAGAAAGAUAGAUCUGAGUCCCGUGGUGGGGCACAGAAUGGUGAGCGACUUUUGGAGUCCAGGGGUACGUUCCCAAUAUGCUGACUGCUUCCAGGCUUCAGAACCGAUUCCGCGAUCUCUGGCAGCAAGAUCCAAGGUGAACGUACUCUGCAAAGAUGGGUACCAGAUGCGCCCGAGGAAAUUGACGGCUCCUUGGAAUCGGGCAAACCAAGCAGUGGACCCGCCUGGGACCAGUUUGCGGGUACCCAGACCGAUUAUGAUGAGAACAUCUACACCACCAAGAUUGACACAAGUCAUCCCCACCACCAGCAACGUAUUGCAUAUGCUGAUAGAAAGGCGAGAGAGAUUGAGCGUAGUGUUGCGACCAAUUCUCAUGUUGCUGAAGAGCGUAUAGCAGACCAUGUCAAGGCGGAUAGUAAUGGCCUUGAUGAAGAGGACAAGUGAGUUGCAACCUUCAACUCAUACAGACCACCCACACUAACUCUUUUAAAUCAGAUACAGUGGAGUUCGCAGACAGCAGGACUUCCCUCCUCUGACUAGUUCGAGCAACAAAUAUCAGCCUCCAGCUAGGCGUGGAAAUGCCGGGCAGACUGCUACAUCUGCUGCUGUUUCUACUGUUGCCUCUAAUGCUCCUGGUAUACUUGCGGAUCCCGCCAUUCUUGCCUCUGGCCGUCCAAAAGCCACCUCAGAAAAGAAGAACUCGCCAGUGCAGAAACCCAAGGCAGAAGUUGCCCCCCCUCCGACCGUAAAUGAGCCAAGCGCCACCGCUACACCAGAUACCAAGGUAUCUGCUCCAAAAGCAACUGCUUCUGCUGGCCGUACCAUAGCGCAACCGAAACCACAAGCUAGUCCCAAUGCAACUGCUACUGUUGAGAGAGACGUAGCCAGUGCCUUCAAAACCUUUGCCAACCAGCAGAGGAAAAACUUGGAGAACGCUCGUGCAAACAAGGCUAGGAAUGACAAGGAGUUCAAGUUGAAUGAUCUAAAGAAGUUUGCGGAGGAUUUCAAGCUAAACACCCCCGUUCCUCAAGACCUCGUCCCGAUCAUCGCAAAGGAUCCGGCAAAGCAGAAGGAGAUUAUGGAAAAGUCGAACAGAAGUGCAGAGGAGGCAAAGCUCAAACCUGCAGAAGCUGUCAAACCUGUGCAACCUCCAUCUGAAGCCAGAGCACCCGCCUCACAACGCCCAGCUCCUGCAGCCCAUGCACCAUCACCCUCGUCCAACAAUAAUCCGAGUCGACAGGCAUCGAACCGCCAACAAGGCUUUUCACACCAACAAGGCUAUAAUAAUUCGCAAUCCUUCCGCGGUAACCAAUCCUCUCAAGCGCAGCCUCAAAUGCCGCCCCAACAAGGCCGCGGACCAGGCAAUCUAGGAACGCGACUGAAGAACCUUGAGAGACAGAAUUUGAACCAAGGCAUGAAUAAUAUGCCCCUUCAUGAUGCUCGUCACCCACCAACUGGUCCGGCCAACCCAAUGGACCCCAACUUCUCUCGUCGAUCUAGUGGUGUUACAAGCGCGCAAGGAGGUCGACUUAACCCCAACAGCAGUGAGUUCAGACCAAAUGCUCACGCUCCAACAUUCACUCCCAACGGUAACCCAUCUCACUCGAAUGGCCCCAGCAGCGGCUCAAGCCCUGCCAUUAAUGCUUCCGUUGAGCAAUCCAGCCCUGCGCCAGUCGCACGAUCUCUUUUGAAGCGCAAGCCCGUUUCUCCUGUUGAUCGACCUUCAUUGAAGGAAAAGUUCAACGCUCUUGAGCACAUCAUGACAAUCAAACCUCUGCCAGAGCAGAAUUGGGAAAAGACAGGUGGAAUGAGACCAUCUUAUGAUACACCACCAAUUUGGAGACAACUAGCAGACGGUGAGCCAGACGGUUCAAGUAUUCACUUGACAUAUACCAAGCUAUUUGAGAUGACUCCCUUCCCAACUGCCCUUUCUCCACCGAAUCUAUCACACGCUGUUCCUCCAGUUCCGCAUCAACAUCAACUCCCGUUCCAUCUUCAACAAGGCGUGCACAUGAACCAACGUCAAUCACCUCGAGCAAUGCCUAUGAAUCUUCCUGGAAAUCAGCAUGGUCAUGGCCCAGCUCCUCAGUUCAGUGGCCCUGAUGAACAUCGAAUGAUGCCAUCUCAUUCCGCUCAGUCAUUCGCAUCUCCCCGUCCUCAUAAUGCCGCCCUCCCUUUUCCGUCUCCCAUGGGUACUCCUAUGUCUCAAAACGCGCAACUAUAUGCCCCUCAGAUGAUGCCAUAUGGCGGAGUACCACCUAUGGCAGCAGGCUAUAGAUCACUCUCCCAGAACCAACACUUCGUUCCUCAACAACAGAUGGGCCCCCCAAUGAUGAUGCAAAAUCCUACCGGUGGGUUUAUGACUACGCAGGGUAUGCCACCAGGUGGUCAUGUCAUGUAUCCACAAGGCCCGCAGGGUCACUUUAUGCCUCAAGGGAGUGGUCAUCCGCCUGCUAUGCCUGUGAAUGGCUAUCCAAGCCCAGGUAGGGGCGCCCCAAUGAUGAUGAGCCAAGGCUCGCAGCAAGGUCAUCAGCAACCGCCUAUGUUUGCGAUGAACCCUGGUAUGAGUCCCGGUCCUCAAUAUGGAAAUGCAGUACCCGUUUACGCUCAACAACCUCCUGGUCAAAGUAAGUUAACAAUGACUGAAUUAUAUAUGUUUUUGCUGACUCCUUCUAGUUCCUAUGCGCCCUGGUUAUAAUGGUGGACCGGGUCAAUUUGGAACAAGUCCUCAACAACCUCACCAAUUUGCUCACCAACAACGUAAUAACCACCAAAACGGAAAUUUUAAUAAUAACAAGAACUUCCAACAUCCUCCUCUACACCCCAAUGCCCCACCAAAUAGCCAACCCCCAAAUGGUACGCAACCUCGAGUCGUUGAUGGUGUUGUUGAAGAAGCUAAAUGAGCUCUUCACUUCUUCCCAAAACAAGGAUCACGGCGCCGAUGCUACGGCAUCACCCUAUUGCUUUGGAGAUUAAGCCCCGUACCAAGUUCGUGGGGUUUUCAACUACUUGAGGAUAAUUUAUACUCUUCCGCAUCAUCUUUUCAAGGUAUUUCACGGAAGACGACCCAAACCCAUUUGCAUCGAUAUUCUCUCCAUGAAGAAGAGAUACUCUUAGGAUUUCGCUUGGAUCGGCAAUCUGGGAAAUAUGCGGUUGAAGCAUUCUUUUGGUUCUUAAGAUGCUCUCGCCCCCCUCAAUUAUGGUGGGUCUCUUUUUGCCUAGCGUUGGUCUUUUUCGAAAAUCUUUCUAUUCUUCUUGGUACAAAGAUCUGAUACCUUGUAUAUGUAGAACUGGCCAAUUAUCGUGUCAUCAAACACUUGUUUCUCUUGGUGGGAUUGGACAAACUUUUCGCUAUUCGACUGCAGCCUGGGGAAAGGGAAUUAUUGCUGUGCUUUUUUCGAGCCCCGAGAGGAGUCGAAUAGGACUUGGCCGACGCUGAUCAGGAAAUGGCGAGAUGAGGAAUUGUUAAUAUGAAUAAGGUUUUUACGAAAAAAGAAAAAAUUGUGGACAAAAAUGUGACG